AUGAGUGAGGAUGUUGCAGUAUGCAUGGGCUAUCUAGAAGCCGAGCUGACCUUCAUCGACUACGGUCCUUACAGCAUACCGAUCCUGUAUUCGGAACACAUCGAACAUCAAUACCCUCACGGAGUCAUGUUUGGCCGUAGCCAACAGGCUGACAAGAGCGAGCCAACUGUACUCAUCAACGACUGCGACAUCUACCUUUAUGAAGAUAAGAUACAUGUGACUAUGGAGCGCGGACUGCUGCUAGCAGCUGACUACAUCAAACUGUGUGGGAUUCUGGAUGAGCAGCCAGUGCGGUUCAAUGGGACCAAGCCUCUAUGGAUGGAGCAAGCCCAGGCAAACUAUGUGCGCUGUCGGGUUCUUGAAGACUUCAGUCCCGACGAGGACUUACAAGCCCAAUAUUUCAUUCAACUUCUCUCAAGCUUCGUUGUAGAGGUGUAUGAGCGUUGGCUCCUUGGCAUGGACAACGAUGGGCAAACUGAUAUGGUAUACGGCAUGCAGCUUGAAGAUAAAGUCAGAGGCUUGUUUCCUUACAACGUGACUUGUCGCAUAGACGGGCACACGGAUCCAGAAGAGUUGUCAGACUCUUCUCCGGACCCCAACAUUAUCGAUUGGACAAAGUUCGACUAUGAUCCCGUUGCUGCUCGGGCUACUGCACAACAGAGCGUUUCGGAUUAUUGUACAUCAAAUGACAUAACAGCGGCAACGGCAACGCCUACAUCGUAG